CAUGUUUGAUCACAAUAUAACUUUCUAGGUGCGAUAAAAUCAACAUGAUUCUGGUCAAACAACAGUAUAAAGCAAUUUAUUGUAGAAGAAACAUUGUCGGUGCGUUAAGCGAAACAUUCUGCAACAGUGAUCACCGAACAAAUAUUAAGAAGUAAGCGUUCUAGCGUGUCUGCGUCAUGAUGUUAAACGUUUCCCGGGCAAAAAGACAUGCAGUGAAUAGAAUUAUAGUAGAUCAAGUAGAUGUCGUGAAGAAGAUAAAUGAUAGAUUAUUUGAUCACUCUAACAUCGAAUCGUAUGACGAUCAAUCGACAGAAAGUACAAAACAAAUUGCCCGUCACUUUCUGCUAGAAUAUCUGUAUGACAGUUCUCUGCACGGCGUGAAAUACUUUCGCAACUUACGUGGAAUAAAAUCCACUGCCCUCGGGAAGAUCUUCUGGACUUUAAUCAUGAUGUGCAGUUUCGCGUUUUUAAGUUGGAUGUUUUGGAAAACCUGGAUACGUUACAGUACUAAUCCAACUCGCACUGUUAUUCAAUCGUUUUACAACCCAAUAGCUAUAGUCCCUUUCCCAGCUGUUACUGUUUGUCCAUUAGUAUCUCCGCUACGUGCAAGACGUGAAGAAGUAUUGCGAAGUUUGCAGUUGCCACCCAACAUGGAUAACAAAACGGCGAUGUUCCUACUCAAAUAUGGGCCCUCAUUUGCGAACGAACAUGUUGCCAGUGGUAGGAAAUACUUGAAAGACUUGCAAGCACUGUUAAAAAUAAACCAUAUGACAUUAUUAAAUUUCUUAAAACUUUUGCGACCUUGCGAAGACUUAUUUGAGUACUGUUGGUGGGACGGCAAUGCAAAGAAUUGUAGCGAAUUGUUUAAAAUAUCUUACACUCAUUCAGGUAUAUGUUGUUCCUUUAACUAUAUUCUCGAAGAUGAUAUACAAAUCGGCAGAGCCAGGGAGUAUACUGAUUUUCUCAGAUCUGUGUUGUUUGGACCAAGAGUCGGUCUUAUUGCUGUUUCAAAACGAGAUUUGAUAGUUAAUAGCGAUGGCAUGGGAGACAAGCCCAUCGAAUUUGCAACAAAUUCCAUCGGUCUUUUGAUAUUUACUCAUCACCCUCAGGAUUUUGUCGGACCCAUAUCUACUAGACAAAUUUUACAAGCAAAUCAAGAAUUGCGGAUCGCUACAAUUCCAACUAGAAAGGAGAAGCUCGCCGGAUAUUACUAUCGAAAUGAACGCGGUGAAUUGGUUCCGCAUUGCGCAGACAAAAAAACUGAAUUGAAAUAUUUUCCUGCAUAUCGAUAUUUAAACUGUUUUACUAGCUGCUCUAUCAGGGCUGUUCUAAAAGCCUGUGAUUGCUUGCCAUAUUAUUACACACCCAUAGCAAAUAAAUAUUCUUUAAGAAUCUGCGAGUGGCAAGAUUUCGAAUGCCUUAACGCGAACAUACAUCAUACACGGAUCAUUCAUAAUACCGUCGAAAAAAAUUUUACGUGUGAAUGUCGAAAUCCAUGCACGAAUACAUAUUACAAAACACGAACUUCCUCACUUUUACUAAAUGGUGUUCAUGAUUUCAAUAUUCUGCCGAUUUACACGAAUCUUACAAAGUCGCAAGCUGUUCUAAGAGUAUAUUUUAAUACUGAAAUAUUUAUACAAAUGAAUACAAUACCGAUUGCCGAUGAAUUAUAUUUGUUAGCAUCCGUGGGUGGCAUAUUUAGUCUUUGCUUGGGAGCCAGUUUUAUAAGCGCCGUGGAAAUUUUUUAUUUUAUUGAAUUAUUUUUUCGUUCUUACUAUAAGGAAAAAAAAUCGAAAUAAUCAUCACCGACCAGAAAUUUUAUUAAUAAAAUGUAUCUAAUGUUAUAUGUAAAAUAGAGAACUAUGUAUAUAUGUAACUAUAUAUGUUGCGCAAUUUGUUAAUUAUAUAUUAUAUAUCUAAUCGUAUAAUCGGAAAAAUAAUUGCGUGAAAAAUGAUUGCCACCGUUAUGCCGACGUUUUUCAGGACACCGCACCGGCCGCACGAAUGCCGCAUCGUCAGCAUCACAAAUCUGGAACGAUUAGAUCUAUUUCGAGCGGUUACUGGAGCGCUGCCGUAACAUUUAAGUCCACGCCCGUGAAAAGAUCUACUACUACUACGAGUCUCCUAUAAUCAUGUCUGAUAAUCUUUAGAACCAAGUCGUGUAGAAAAAUAUGAUCUAUAAACUAUACUAUUAUAAUUUUUGAUCCUCCUUUAGGUUUAUUUUUUCUCGGUGGUAUCAUGUGAUGUGUGUGCAUCAAUUUUCAUUAAAUAUACUUCGUUUAAUAUAUAUAGUUCGUCAUCGACACCUGCACGCACCUGUUUAUUAAUGUUGGCAUUAAUAUAAGCGAUAUGCUCGAAAUAGCAACAUGCAGAUAUAAAAUGUUGCGAUAUGAUCACGGAAGAUCACAGAGAUGAUUUAUCGAAAUAAAAGAAAUGGCAAAAAAAGAAUAUAAAAGCACCCGACACGUUAAACGGCGGUAAACUUGAUAUUUAAUUUCGCGAAUAUAUGAGACAUAAAAAUUGUUGAAUAAGACGAUGUGUGAAAAAGAGAAGAUACUUUGUGGAUGCGAAGGUAGAUAUUUAUAUCGUGAAGAAUAUUUCAGAAGUUUCGAAUAAAACAAACAAGUAAUUCGAUACUCAAGUCAUACGAUCUCAGAAAUCUCAGCCUUAUGCAACAUUUGAAAGCUUUUCGUUAAUGCAGCGCACGCUAAUUGCUACCCAGCAUUGAAAUGUGUACUAAUCACGUCAUCUAUUUUCGUGAAUGCUGUCGAAAAUACUGAUUUAGUUCUACGUGAACGUAUGGUCGAACUUUGAGAGCUGGAAGCGUCGACUAUUUUUGGAGUAAACGCCCACGUAUCUUUCGCAUACCUUCCGCGUUUCUAUA